UGCUGGGCUGGCUCUGCUCUCGCUGCCCUGCGACUCCUGCCCUGGCUGCCGAAGGCCCCUUCCCGCCAUCUAAUGAUACACUCUGCAUACGCUUCUGUUGAACAUUUGUGGCGAGACAUUCCUGUGGGACCGGGAAUCCAAAUUCUUGGGUACAAACAGAAACUUACUUUCCUUGGGGAUUUUUUUUCUCUCUCGCUCACACACACACUCUCGCGUUCUUUCCUUUUUUCUUUUUCAUAGCAGUAGGGGGGAGAAAAAAAGAGACAAAACGAAAAAAACAAACAAAAAGCAACACCACCCCCUCUUUAUUUUCAAAAGUAGCUAGGAAAAAAUAAAACAACAGCCAACCAAGUCAAUCCCAACCCAACCCCCUGAAGGGCUGAAACCUCGCCUUCCUCCGAGCGGGGCAUGGCAUCGAACAGCAUCUUCGAUUCCUUCCCGACCUACUCGCCGACCUUCAUCCGCGACCCGAGCACCAGCCGCCGCUUCACACCUCCCUCCACGGCCUUCCCCUGCGGCGGCGGCGGCGGCGGCGGCGGCAAGAUGGGCGAGAACAGCGGCGCCCUGAGCGCGCAGGCGGCCGUGGGGCCCGGCGGGCGCGCCCGACCCGAGGUGCGCUCGAUGGUGGACGUGCUGGCGGACCACGCGGGCGAGCUCGUGCGCACAGACAGCCCCAACUUCCUCUGCUCCGUGCUGCCCUCGCACUGGCGCUGCAACAAAACGCUGCCCGUCGCCUUCAAGGUGGUGGCGCUGGGGGACGUGCCAGAUGGAACGGUGGUGACAGUGAUGGCAGGCAACGAUGAGAACUACUCUGCUGAGCUGCGCAACGCCUCGGCUGUCAUGAAGAACCAGGUGGCCAGGUUCAACGACCUCCGCUUCGUGGGCCGCAGUGGGCGAGGGAAGAGUUUCACACUGACCAUCACCGUGUUCACCAACCCCACGCAAGUGGCCACCUACCACCGAGCCAUCAAGGUGACUGUGGAUGGACCCCGGGAGCCCAGACGGCAUCGGCAGAAGCUGGAGGACCAGACCAAGGCGUUCCCCGACCGCUUCGGGGACCUGGAGCGUCUGCGCAUGCGGGUAACACCGAGCACGCCCAGCCCCCGCGGCUCGCUCAGCACCACCAGCCACUUCAGCAACCAGGCCCAGACCCCCAUCCAAGGCACCUCGGAACUGAACCCUUUCUCCGACCCCCGCCAGUUUGACCGCUCCUUCUCAGCACUGCAGACCUUCACGGAGAGCCGCUUCCCGGACCCCAGGAUGCAUUACCCGGGGGCCAUGUCGGCCGCCUUCCCCUACAGCGCCACGCCCUCGGGCACGGGCAUCAGCAGCCUCAGCGUGGCCGGCAUGCCGGCCAGCGGCCGCUUCCACCACACCUACCUCCCGCCGCCCUACUCAGGGGCCCCGCAGAACCAGAGCGGGCCCUUCCAGGCCAACCCGUCCCCCUACCACCUCUACUACGGCGCGUCCUCCGGCUCCUACCAGUUCUCCAUGGUGGCCGGCGGCGGCGGCGGGGGCGAGCGCUCCCCCACCCGCAUGCUGGCCUCCUGCACCAGCAGCGCCGCCUCCGUCGCUGCCGGCAACCUCAUGAACCCCAGCCUGGCUGCCCAGAGCGACGGCGUGGAGGCCGACGGCAGCCACAGCAACUCGCCCACCGCCCUGAGCACGCCCGGCCGCAUGGACGAGGCUGUGUGGCGGCCCUACUGACCGCCCGGGUCAAAGUGGACAUCUCCCGUGGCGGUGGGGACCCCAAGAACCUUCCAGAUAAGUGGCCGGCCCAGCUCCAAGGCUCAGGGCACGAGUGGGACUUACGCUUCAGGGCAGUCGUGGGCCCAGGGUCCACGGUCCUGGGGGCCCAGAGCUGAUGGCUGCUGGAGAGCAUCUAGUCCAGCCACGUCUUUGUACAGAGGGGUUGGGACCUCACCCCCAGCCCGAUCCUACUUAUCUCAUCCCACGUCCCUGUGGGAGAGGUAGCCUCCUCCUGCCACCUGCCCUGGAAUGACCUGGCUGUCCCCAGCUAUGCCCACUCCUGUCACAGAGCUCAGGCCUCCUUGGACAGAGACCAUCUCUGUUCCAGAGAGAGGUGGCAUUUGCCCGCAUGGUUUGGCCUCUUCUCCACGGGGCCCUAGAAAGACCUCCCCACCUCACCUUCCUCAGACACCCCGCACCCUGUGUGCCCAGCCCUCCCUCCGCAUUUACAAAACGAGUCACGACAGGAAGGUCCCCCCCCCACCCUGAGGGGCUCGCGCGUGGUAUGGAUGGGGAAGGAACCCCUCCGGAGGCCCCAGGGAAUCACAAGCAGAAGGAAUGAGGACACCCCCAGGCCUGCCCCCCAGCUCUGCUUCCCCACAUCUCCCAGCAGCUGAGGCCCUAACCCCCUCCCAGCUGUCUGUGGGUCCCAGGCCCCAGAGCAGACUGGCCUGUGGCAGCAGGUCCCUAAAACCAGGGACGGCACCUGCAGACGGGUCCUCCACGCACUUUACCAGUCCAAGGCAUUUACCCUCUCUGUUCUUUCGGUGGGGGCUGGGAAGGGUCCCUUUUCCCCCUAGGCUGGUCUCAAAAUUGCCAUUUUGGGAGAGAGUGCCAGGACCAGACAGGUCCUAGCAGAAAGCCUUGGGGUGAGGGGUCAUGGGGCCAAAUGUCAGCAUCCCUGUCCCACCUAGGUCCAGCCAAGCUGUGUACACCUCCAACCCCCAGCCUCCUGGGCAGGUGCAGCCACCCCUUCCAACCUCUGACACACAACUCUCCAUCUUAACCAUUCUGUUCCCAAAACAGUCUUGAACAAAAAAACCAGUUUUUUAAAGCUGACUUUAGAAAAAGAAGCUUGUCAGACAUUUUGAGACACACAAUAUCUUACAGGAAAAGGCCCCACGAUAGUGAACGAUAUCCCCUCCACCUCCAAGGGUGUGGAAUUGUAAGGAUCCCAAAACCUCCUCCAGAGGUCACAUUCCUUCAGUAGCAUCCCACCAGCUUCCACCAGAGGCCAACCUGGUGCAGAACACGGGGAGCAGUGGUGAGAUGCUGCAAUCUCACGUCCAUGGCUCUCAGGCAUUUGUCUGCAAGGACAUAAGGGUGUCCCAUAGAGGUGGGAGCGCUGUGAGGGGGAGCACGGUGGCUGCACAAACGCACGUGCUGUGAAGGGCUCAGCAGACUCAGCUCAGCCCCCGCUGUGCUCACAGGCGCAGUAUUGUCCCUUCAGGUUGCAGAUGGGAAAACGGGCCUUGCCCAAGGGUUUAGGCAUGUCUGAGUUUUUUCGUUUUCGAAAGGCAUAAGUGGAAAAGGACAAAAUUCUUAAAAGCAUUUGGACAGCACGUGGUUUCUAUCACUGUUUCAGCCCCAGCCCCUGCAGAUGUGGAAAUUGCCCCUGCACAGUGCUCCUCAGCAGUUGUCUCUGUAAUAGCACUUGGCCUGCCUGCCACCCCACCCUGUGACAUCCACCAGAUAAGCACGGGGGUGGGGCACGCUCAGGAGGUCUUUCUGGUGAUCUUAUUCAGACCCCUUGCUCCCAGGUUCUCUUGCUCUGCCCUCACUGGGAAAAGUCUCCAUCUCCUCAAAAUAGUAUCCUGCUGUCUCCCUUCAGCUGGGGGAGGGUCUCUCCACCCCUUCUCAGGAAGCAGCUACGAAUCCAUUGCUCUCAAGUCUCUCCUGUUCUGUGUGGUUGUGGACGGGCCCCAGGCCCCAGUGGGAGGCACCCUUGGGUUCCCGGUGCCCAGCACUUUGUAGCCCCUCCCCAGACUACUACGCCUUCCUGAUACCCAAGCCCCAGUGGGGGCAGGGCCAGGAAAUAAAUUGACCCCCUCCCCCCAACUCCCUAACUAAAAGUGGUGGGAGCCGUGCUGAAUCUCUUUUAAGGCCCCUGGUGGGUACAGACGGCUUUGGCUGUAAAAAUGGGUCCUUAUUCACAAGGCUGCUUUAAAGUUGUACUAGGCAAACACACGGACUUAGCACAAGGAAACGAAGGGGUUUGGGUACUAUAUUACUGUAAGUCUGUUGGUGGUGGGUACAGAUCCGUUGUGACAUAUUGUCAUGCUGAGGUGUUAAUACCUGCUAUACUCAUAUCUUCCAUAAGACCGUCCCAGGGCUGGGAAGAGGGUGGGGAGGAAUGGAAACUGCUUUGCACUAUAAUUUGCUUGGUGUGUUUUUUUUAAUGCACAACGUGCGUGUACAGUAA